AGCUGCGUGUAUUUAAGGUGAAAGCAUAAUUAUUACAAGAUCAUCUGCAUUAACGGGAUAAGAUUCAACCACCACUUGUCGUGAAUUUCUCUCAUUUCUUGUUUUCUUUUAAGGGAGCAGUUUUUCAAGAUUCAGCCAUGAAAUAUUUCAUUGGACUAUUCCUUCUUUCCUGCCUUUGUUUUGAAAUAGGUCAUGCCCUCAAAUGCUACACGUGUGGCUCUUUCAAAUACCAAACAGUCGAUGCGGGUAAUUGCGGGGAUGCUCUCUCUGAAGUCGAAUGUGAAGUCAAUAAAACUAGGUGUGCAGAAGUAGAACUUGGAGGGAAUCUGGUAGGCAGUACGACUGAGAAAUUUACGUUCUCUCUCCGCGGUUGCACGGAGGUUGAAGCUACGACCAGUGAGGCAGGAUGUACCAGUGAGUCAGACAAGGCUAAUGAAAUAAUUGCCGAUGUUGGCUUUGUCGACGGGGGCUACGGCAAUGCUCAAUUUCAGUUGUUUAAGCAGUUAGCGGGGGACACGUACGCUGAUGUGGAUGCAUGCACUUGUAGCGAAGAUAACUGCAAUAGCGCUGGUUUCAUUCAGGCGAGUGUUGCCAUAGUGUGUGCGUCUCUUGUGAUGUCUACCCUUGUUGGGUUCUUGUAGAAAAAGAACGUUUCGGGUAUUUUUAUUACUAUUACUAUUUCAUCAGUAACUCGCGUAUUCUUUUCAAAUAAUCGAAAUCAAUAGAGUUAGAAUUGUAAGUAUAACCAGCAUGUUGUGUCUCCGUUUUUUUUUUUUGGUUACAUAUUUUCCUUUCACUUUACGAUGAACGAAUAAAUAAGAGUCAAAUUUUGUAUUAUAAAAUAAGGUUUAUGAUCAUAAUUAUUGAAGAAUCUUUACCUGUAGAUUGGGAGAAUAUCAUUAAUUUGAAGAAAAUCCAUAUUUUCUUUAUAAUAUUGAAACGUGCGGAAGUGUGGCAGUUCUUUUUUUCUUCUGAAAUCAAUAUUUAUCACUUGAACGUCAAUAACAAUUAUGUAUUUAGAAUAAUCGUGAAUAUUAGUAACAGUGAUACAAUAAGAUAUCUGAAUAGGCAUAUCAGUAGGACUAAGGUGAAUAUUAGUUAUGUCAACUAUUUUUUAGAUAGUAAUUUUGUAUGCUUUAUCGUAUUCAUGGUAUUUGUGCUGAGUAAUGUAGUUUGAACUACAGUUCGCAUUGAACAUAUAUAACCAAAGUAGCAACGUUGUUACGAAACAAAAUAAUUGUUGAUUCCCAGAUCAGAGACGAUUUGGGGGGGGGGAGGGGUGUUGCACCC